AUGAGUAGGCACCGAGGAGUUAAAUCUUCUAAGGCUUAUGUCUGCGUUUUUGUGUGUAUGUCCACCAAGGCGAUUCACCUAGAAUUGGCGUCCGACAUGAGUAGUGACGUGUUUAUAGCUGCCCUACGCAGAUUUGUGGCACGACGUGGAAAAUGUUCACAUUUAUACUCUGACCGUGGGACAAAUUUCGUCGGUGCUAAUAGGGAGCUAGUAGCUUUAGCUAAAAAAUGCGCUGAAUGUGAGUUAAUCACUCAUCAUUUUCUGCCAGGCAAUGCCCCUCACAUGGGCGGAUUAUGGGAAGCGGGCGUACGGUCAGUAAAAACUCACCUCAAAAGAGUGAUAGGUGAUCAAGUAUUGAGCUAUGAAGAGUUUUAUACGCUCUUAGUACAAAUUGAGGCGGUACUCAAUUCUCGCCCUCUUACUCCGAUGAGCUCAGACCCGAAUGAUUUGGCGGUAUUAACUCCGGGACAUUUUUUAACCUUGGAACCAUUAGGUUCUGUUCCGGAUGAAAAUUAUCAGGACAUAAAUAUAAGCCACUUGAAACGGUGGCAACUUAUUCAACAAAUGCAACAACACUUUUGGCGUAGGUGGAAAAACGAAUAUUUGCAUACUCUCCAGCAAAGAAAUAAAUGGUUAAAAUCUUCUCAUAUGCCAAAGGAAGGUUCUUUAGUUUUAAUAAAAAAUGAUAACCUGUCUCCUUUAAAAUGGGAUAUGGGACGAAUACUCAAGCUUACACCCGGUUUAGAUGGUGUUGCACGAGUUGCUGAUGUUAAAACCAAGUCGGGUACUAUAAAACGUCCUCUGAACAAAUUAUGUCCUUUGCCUGUUGAAUAA